GAUCAAUAAUACAUAUUCGGUUCAUGUAACGAGGUGUAGGAUUUUGAGCCGCUCAUUGGGUGUUCUUAUUGUGUGAGGUUUAUGCUGUUUUAAUGUGAGAGUUAUGAAAAGUAUAGCGGAAAUAACGAUAUCAUUAUCAUUGAUGCAGAUUUAAGAAGUACGAGAAACAUAUGGACAUUCUUAGAAAUUGGAACUUAACUGUACAUUCAUUAAGUGAGUUGUUUCAGAUAAGAAUAUACAAUGUCGAAAUUUCAUGAAACUGUUCGUGAGGUUCUAGAAGAUGUCCAGGUAUUUCUUCUCACCACACUUAAUGCAGAGCUAUUGUCAACACAAGCUCUUGCACACAAAGAAAGGAUUCUUAUCAAACUUCAUCAUCUUCAACAAGAAUACCCCCAGUUGCAAUUGUCUCCACUCCAAGACAGCACAGUGUCUACUUCCAGCAGUCCUAUUCGCAAGUGUUCAGUGUCAAGUAUAGGAAGUCGCUCUGAAUCCAAGCAAUCAAGACAGUCUGUGAGGCCACCAUCUUCCUCACCUCCUUACGUUGACAUGCAGAUGUCGGGAUCGGCUAUGUCACCUGUUGAGUCUGUUUCCAAUACGGAAUACAUAUAUUCUCAAGAUUGUCAAGAAAAGUAUGAGCAUUGCGAGGCUGACCGCUCAACCAUUUCAUUUGAACAAGCAUCAGUGGAAAAGAAAUUCUCUGGGGAACUAGAAGAUUUGUUACAAGAAGGUGUACCUGCUGUACCAGCAGUUGAAUUGUCUAGAGCUGAAAAAUGUGGCUUCUUGGAGAAGAAGGGAAAAGAAAGACUUGGAGGACUACUUAACCCCUUACAGCGUCGAUGGUGUGCCAUUAGAGACGGGAUUCUUUAUUAUUAUGAACGACCUACAGAUAGACGUCAAAAAGGCCAAAUUUUUCUGUUAGGAUAUGAAGCCAAUCCAGCCCCGACUGCUAUCAAAGACAUUAGUAGGAAAGAUGUUUGUUUUGAGUUAGUCUGUCCAGGAAAAAGGACAUUUCAGUUCUGUGCUGUAACUCGUAAAGAUAUGAACCAGUGGAUUGCUGCUAUCGAGAGAAAUAACAUUGUCUCACCAAAACUGGAGUCAUCUGGUGGUGGAGAUGCAGUCGACUCUCUCAAAUUACAACCGCCAUGUGGUGGUAUGGAUACUGCGAGCCUAACUACACAACAAACAUCAACUAGUAGUUUAGAUGAUGGUCAAAUAUCAGUGGCCCACCAGGAGAAUUCGAGUGAGGAGGAAGACAUCUACGAAGUAGUUGAGGGAGAAGGUGGUACAUCUCACAGACCAGUAGAAGAACCUUUGUAUGACGAGGGAGAGUCGGGACUUGCUGGAGAUGAUGAAGAUGAACUCUAUACUGAUGCCGAGAGUUCCAUUACAAAUCAUGUAAUGGAUGCAGAGAUUGUGCCUGAAGAUUGGUAUGUAGGUCUUUGGGACUGUACUACUGUUGAAGAGAAUGAACUUAGUUUUCUUCGAGGAGAUCUGAUAAGAAUAAUUAGUAAGGAGUAUGAUAAUUUUUCUUGGUGGAUAGGAGAACUAGAUGGAAAAAUAGGGUUAGUACCAAAGUCUUUUUUGAUGGAAGCUUAUGAACUGGAGCAAUGAAAAUGUGCACAACCAAAUUUUGGUGUUAGUAAAUCUGAAAUAUUAAGAAAAAAGUUGUUUUGAGGGUAUUUACAAUCAACCAGAAACUUUUGGAUUCUAGCUAUUUAGUGUAAUUUCUAGAAGUUGACAACUUUUAUUUUUCCUGCAAAGUUCAUGAUUUGUAAUAGUUCUUUACAAUAUGUUUUACAACAACAAAAAUCUUAUUUUAUUCUGUUAAAAAUGUUUUUCCCCACAGUCUUAUUAAUACUAAAACGUGUUUUGCAUUAAACUUCUGACAGUUUGUUUUAAAUCAUUACAUGCAUUCAAAACUUUUGCUAUAUAAGUGAUAAAAGAAAAAUGUUUAUAUAUAUUUUUUUGUAU